AUGAGAAUAGAGUCACAAGUUCAUGAACCAAAAGUUGAUGAAUGGUUCAAUUAUGAUGUGUUCUUGAGUUUUAGAGUUGGUACUCGUCACAGUUUCACUUCUUAUCUUUAUGGAGCUUUAAGACAGUCAAGAAUCCACGCUUUCAUGGACGAUUCAGGGCUUGAAAGGGGAGAAGAGGUCUCUGCCUCAUUAAUGCAAGCAAUUGAAAGAUCACAAAUUGCGUUGGUAAUAUUUUCUCCAAAGUAUGCUGCUUCCAGGUGGUGUCUGGAUGAACUGGUGAAGAUAAUGGAGUGUCAAAGAAGUCUAGUUCAGGUGGCUAUCCCCAUAUUCUAUGAAGUAGAUCCGUCUGUUAUUGGUCGUCAGACAGGCACAUAUGGUGAAGCAAUGGAACGACAUGAAGAAAGGUUGGGAAGGGAGAAUAAUGGGGUGAUGCAGUGGAGGAAGGCACUCAUAGCAGCUGCCAAUAUUUCUGGCUUUAGUUCUUCAGAAUAUCAAUAA